AUGUCGUCGGCAAUCAACGAUGAUGAACUCUCCAUUUCCCUCCCGCAAUCCAACUCCAGCCGCUCCAGGCCGUCCCUUCCUACUGUUCUCUCCCCGCCGGCACGGUCUGGCUUGAGCCAGACGCCGAUGGCAGAGUCUCCAGGCACUGCCCGGGCAAUGCAACGACUACACCAGUAUGCCUUCGUGCGCAACAUUGGUGAAGGAUCGUUUGGCAAAGUCAAGCUUGCGAGACACAAGGUUACAGGUCAAGAGGUUGCAAUGAAGACUAUCAGUCGACGCAAAUUAAUCAGUCGGGACAUGGCAGGGCGGAUAGAGAGGGAGAUCCAAUACUUGCAACUCCUGCGGCACCCACACAUCAUCAAGCUCUACACCGUCAUAACAACCAAGACAGACAUCUACAUGGUGCUUGAAUAUGUUCCCAUGGAGUUGUUCGAUUACAUCGUGAAGCAUGGUCGGCUGGGCGAAGCAAAGGCCCGGAAGCUGUUUCAACAAAUCAUCUGUGCUGUCGAGUAUUGUCAUCGUCACAAAAUUGUCCAUCGAGACCUCAAACCGGAGAACCUUCUCCUUGACAAGAACAUGAAUGUGAAAAUCGCCGACUUUGGUCUGAGUAAUAUCAUGACAGAUGGCAAUUUCUUGAAGACGAGUUGCGGAAGCCCAAACUAUGCUGCCCCUGAAGUCAUCGGUGGAAAGCUCUAUGCUGGUCCUGAAGUCGAUGUCUGGAGUUGCGGUGUCAUUCUCUACGUCUUCCUCGUUGGCAGGCUCCCGUUCGAUGACGAGUUCAUCCCUGCACUGUUCAAGAAGAUUCAGGCCGGGACAUUUCACAUUCCAUCACAAACUCCGCCAGGCGCGGUAAACCUCAUCAAGCGAUGUUUGCAAGUGCAUCCGGUUCAUCGCAUCACCAUACCCGAAAUCAGACAAGACGAAUGGUUUAUGAAAGACCUUCCUGCUUAUUUGGUUGAUCCCGUGGAAGAAUUUCUAGAUACCGGAGUCGAUCCCACCAAAGCCAUCGACCCUCGUCAGCUUGCUCCGGGAAAACCACUUGACGUGGUUGAGAAAAUUCACGAGCAAGUCGUUGGCAAGCUUGGUCGUACCAUGGGUUAUGCGAAGGAGGAUGUGAAGGAUGCUUUGAGCAAAGACGAGCCUAGUGCGAUCAAAGACGCAUAUCUCAUAGUCAGAGAAAACCAGUUAAUGAUCAGCACUCCCCAAUACCGCACAGAGAACCCAGAGCUGGAGUCGUUCAUGGCUUCUUCGCCCCCAGUCGAACCAAACUAUCCCAACUUCCCCGGCUCGCCACGACGGUUUCAGGAUAUCGAUGUCAAGCCUCUCACUCCAAGUCGCACGGAUGCGCACCGAGCUAGUCGGUCACUAUCUGAAACUCCAUCUUCCCUGAGAGAAGAAGAGAAGCCUAGGAUCUCAAAUGUUCGCGUCCUGAACACAUCACUACCUCAUGUUCAUGAAGAGCUCCUUCAGAUCCGCGAAAAGGCAAAGGCUCAUGGUGAAGAUCCCGACAUGAUUCUCCAUCCGACACAAGGCCAAGAUCAGAAGGACGAAGCCGAAAGCCCCAUCCCCGAAGAAAUUAAGGAUGAACAGGGGAAUCCCAUUUAUCGAUCCAAGGAAGAACAGGAGGCCACAUCAAGGGCUUUAAAACCACACUCGCGCUCUGUGACGGCUCUGAAUUCAUUGCGAGAACCGAAAAGCCGACCCGAAGGUAUGACGACUUUGCCAACCGACGAAAAACGCCCACCCGCUACCAAAACCAAGCCUAGACGCUGGCAAUUUGGCAUCCGCAGUCGAAACCAACCUUGGGAAGCCAUGAAGUGCUUGUAUGCUGCUCUCAAGGCACAAGGCGCUGAAUGGGAAGUUAAUCCGUGGCUGCGGCCUGAGUCGAUGCCCGACGGUGAUGACGAGAAGGAUGGUAUCCCUCCGCCUCCACCCGACCUAGAACCUGGCCAACGCCACGAGAUCAUGCAACAGCGAUUCUCAUUUGUGGGCGAGGACUACUACAUCCCCCGAGAUCCUUUCAACAUUCGCGCGAGAAUCUUGAAAAAGGGAUUACUGAUGCCUGGUGAAGCGCCAUCUCUCUCAGCCCACAGUUCAGCGGUUAGCCUACCCGCAGAAGCACAGACCCAGCUCAAGAGACAUAUUGAGCAACUGGGCUAUGCCUCGGAGGAUGUCAAACAGGCGCUCGGUAUGAGUUCUCCAAACGGAAGCCAAGCAAAUGCGAGGUCACCAGCGAGCAGUGGACAUCCCUCCCGGCAAAAUACGGGAGGUGAGCCGGCCCUUCACAGCCAGGAUGCAUUUACAGGACCAGGACAAGUGUCCAUGAGCAGGCCCGACAGUCUUUCAGCACUCAACAAGAAAAUCCCAAGCGAGCACAUCGGAGUUUGGGUGUUCAUCGACAUUCAAUUGUAUACCUUAGAGCAGGGAACGUUUGUUGUGGAUUUUAAAUGCGACGGAUACCAGAAUGUGAUUUGGCACGAUUUGAAAAAGGAGCGAGAGAGGAAUAAGACACCCACCAGCAGCAGCACAGUGACGAGCCCAACGAACAGCAGACCCACCAGCGGGUUCGGAAACAUCAGUCACACCAGCUCUGAUCGGCUUGAUGAAAUGAGCGGCGAAGGCUACUGGAAACCGGUCAGCAAGCGCUACAAGAACGUGGAAAAGGAGAUAUCCAGCCCUUAUCCCUAUCUCGACGUGGCUAGUGACUUGGUGGCUCAACUAGAGCUCACCCCGUAUUUCGUCUAUCUGCUUCUAGUCGCAACUCUAGGACCUCUACUCUUUGGUUAUCACUUGGCCGAACUAAAUGCCCCUCAAGAGGUCAUUACCUGUGCCGCCAAAUCCAUCAGAUCCAAGGAGGGCCCAUCAGCAGCAUUGGGUGGACUACCACAAUGCAUACCCAUGAACUCAACCCAACUCGGGCUUGUGUCGUCCAUUUUCACAUUGGGUGGCCUAAUCGGUGCUCUCGCAGCCGGCCCUUUGUCCGCACGGUAUGGCCGUCUGCAUACGAUGCGUAUCAAUACCUUGUUCCUAGCGCUGGGUCCUCUCGCCGAGGCACUCGCUCCUAACAUUGGUGCUCUUUCGACGGGCCGCUUCAUUUCGGGUCUAGGAGCAGGCGUCUCCGUUGUUGUGGUACCCAUCUAUAUUUCCGAGAUUGCUCCACCCAAGGAAAAGGGCUUCUUCGGUGCCUUUACGCAAAUAAUGACGAACAUGGGUAUCUUCACCACUCAGCUUCUGGGUUAUUUCCUGAGCCAUGGCCAAAUGUGGCGAGUUAUCCUCGCGAUUGCAGGCAUGAUCGGUGUGUUGCAGUUUGCAGGGCUGGUUUUCUCCGUGGAGAGUCCCAAGUGGCAGGCUAGCCAUGGAGAACCAAGACAAGCGAACAACAAUCUGCGACGUAUCCGGGGCCAGAAAGCCGACAUUGAGGAGGAAGUAGAAGGUUGGGGUUUGGCGGAUGUUGACGAGGGACACGAAGAAGAACGAACACUACUUGCGAAUCCCGACCAUGAGUCGCCUCUGGACAGCAAUUUGCCUUUGAGAGGCAAUGCUCCAGAGCCAAUGGGAAUCCUCGCGGUGCUCCGAGACCCGACCAAUAACCGCGCAAUUCUUGCGGUCGUUGUGGUUAUGCUGGCACAGCAGCUUUGUGGAAUCAACAGCAUCAUCAUGUACGGCGUGUCUCUACUCGCGGACUUACUUGCCUCCAAUUCCGCCCUGCUCAAUAUCUUUGUGAGCAUACUCAAUAUUGUGGCCACUACAGGCUUCGCCCCCCUUGCAGAUGUGCUGGGACGCAAGCCAUGCAUCCUCACCUCAAUUGCCGGUAUGGGUGUCUCAUCUGUCCUGCUUGCCAUAGGGAUCCGCAGCGCUAUUCCGAUUCUUUCCGCAGUGUCCGUGCUUCUGUUUGUUGCCAGCUUUGCUUUUGGUCUGGGGCCCAUACCUUUCAUACUCGCUUCAGAACUGGUGAGUCCAGAAGCGGUUGGCGCAACCCAAUCAUGGGCGCUGGCAGCAAAUUGGAUCUCGACAUUUGUGGUCGCUCAGUUCUUUCCAAUGGUGAAUGAGAGAUUGGGAAAGGGGGUAGUAUACUUUGUGUUUGCAGCCAUUGCGGCAAUUUCCUUUGUGUUUGUGGGUUGGUAUGUGCCAGAGACCAAAGGGAAGAAGGACGUUGAUGAAGUUUGGGGAAGGCCGUCCAGGAGGCAAGAUUGA